GUCUUUUCAUAGUCUAGUCAUGAUGAUUUGCCGGUCUCUGAUCUCUCUAAUUUUUCCACACACCCACUUACAAAACUUGCCAUUCUCCACCAAAUUUGAAGGUCAUCCAUUGAGAUAGCUCAAAAAUGGAAGCAGUAGCCUAUGCAACCAAUACGAUAAGCCUGAAGCUUUUCAUAGAUAAGAGGAUAAACCGAGUGCUAUUUGCUGAAGCAGGCAAGGACUUUGUUGAAUUUCUCUUUCAAUCUUUCACUUUGCCGGUCGGAUAUUCCAUUCCAUGCUCAUCAGCAUCAAUGAACCGCGUGGUAUCGCUCAGUGUUGAAGAGUUAAUAAGCGCGAACAAAGCGAUUAGUAAUUUCAAUUUGUUGAAAGAGUGGGUCAAAUUCAUAGUGAUGGAUGAUCUGCGGAUGAUGCCCGUGCACGCUGACACUUUCAUAACUCUGCUUCAUGAGUAUGAUAUCAAGGAUUUAAGGGCGCUUGAAAAGAUAGUGGUCGAUUUGGACAUGGAUGGGUCUGUGAAAUUGCUCAAGGCUGCUCUUCAAUCCAAGACUGCUCUGACUGAUGUCUUCUUGCCGGCUGCUCUUCAAUCCAAGACUGCCCUUCCAGCUCGCUCGCCCUAUAUAUAAAACGAGGGAAAGAAGAGAAUUAAUCCUUAUUUGUUAACUAGGAAAUGGCUGGAAAGUGCAAUAUUGCUGAACUAUCUUUACGAGUUACUUCGGGUGAGCCUACUAAUUAUUUGAGUGUGUGCUACAAAAUGCAAGGUCAUGUACUGUACGUAUUAAUUGUUUUCGUUUAUCUAUAUUUUUGAGAUGUUAAUUUUAAACACGCCUGUCUUGCAUCGAAUUGUGAGUGGAUUAUUAAUAUUAAUAUAGUCUACACGCUUAAUUAA